UCCUCUAAAAACUUCAUCAUACACAUAUUCGGUCACUCUAAGACACAGUAAUGCAUAAGAUGCAGCUCUGGUGGUGGGAGAGAGAUGAAAGAGGUAGAGGUUGAACAUCUGUCUGUAAUUGACGAGAAUCUGGGAGUGUGUGGCCUUGCAGCUGCGGCGCAGAGCUUUAUUUUUGUUCUUCUGAUACCGAGGCACCCCGGUGACCCACAAACUAACCCGCUGCUGGGACAAUCCUCUGCCGAGCCAAUGGAGACGUGCGGUCGGUAUGCAGAGGGUUAAAUAUUAAGACAGAAAGAAGAACAUAUUGAGAUACUUCAUUUCUGUUGGGUUACUUGCCGUUCCAGGGCACAUAUGCUUCGUCUCUGUAGAGACAUGUCUCUUCAUCAUCAGCAGCAUCAUCAAUAAAGAGCAGCAGUGAACUAGACUGAACGAUGAGCUCUGAUCCUCCUACACUGAAGGAUAAUGCCACAGAUCUGAGCACAGCCACUGGAGGAGCGGAGGACUCCUGUUCUCGCUGUACUCUUCCCUUCGCUGUGGUUCUGCUGAUCAUCGGUGUCACAGUCACUGCCGUGGCUUACAGUUUCAACAGCCAUGGCUCCACAAUCUCCAUUCUGGGGCUGCUGCUGCUCAGCGGUGGACUUCUGCUUCUGGCCUUCAGUGCAGCCUGCAGAACAUGCAGAAAGAGGAGAGAAAUGGACAGAUCAUGGGAGAGUCAGACUGAUCUGGUGGAGAGCUGGAGAAACAGCUUUGGUUGAAAUGUUUUGCAAUUGACUUUGUGUUUAUUUGAAUUCAUUUGUCAUUUAGUAAAAUCAAAUAAAAAUGUUUUUGAAGGAGUCUGACUAAAAUAAUUAGCAAAAAUACUAUUACAGUGCUCAACAUAAGU